AUUAGCCUUAUUUCUUUCUCUUCACGGGAAUAUUGCAAUCUGUAAAUCAGUAAAGCAGUGAUAAGGAGAUAAUUUUUCAAAGAAAAAAAGAUGGCUGGAUUAUCACAAGAUUGGGAGCCGGUGGUGAUUCGUAAGAAAGCGCCGACCGCCGCCGCACGGAAAGAUGAGAAAGCAGUCAACGCCGCUCGUCGCGCCGGUGCCGAAAUCGAAACCGUCAGAAAAGCUACUGCUGGGUCAAACAAGGCUGCCUCUAGUAGUACAACUUUGAACACGAGAAAGCUAGAUGAAGAUACUGAGAAUCUGUCACAUGAAAAGGUACCUACUGAACUGAAGAAAGCCAUUAUGCAAGCUCGACAGGAUAAGAAGCUUACUCAGUCUCAACUUGCCCAAUUGAUAAACGAAAAACCACAGAUCAUUCAGGAGUAUGAAUCUGGAAAGGCAAUUCCAAACCAACAGAUAAUUUCUAAGCUGGAGAGAGCUCUUGGUGCGAAACUUCGUGGAAAGAAAUAAACUGCAAGAAUGGGGGAAAGUGAACCUUUUGGCCCUCACUAUCUUUUGGGGUCCUAAAAGUGGUCAUGUACAUGAGCCUUUUUCUUUUGAACCAGUAUGGUGGUGGUUCUUGUGUCUGGAUGUUACUUUCGUGGUUAAACCGAGAGUCGAAAAUGGAUGUGCUUGCUCUUGCUAUGUGUAUUAGUUUAUGGAUUGUGAUUCCUAAUUUCUUUGUAGGGAUGUCUUGUUUUUAAAAAUGGAGGAUACUUCCAUUUUGUGACGCCAUUCAACAAUUUUCUGUCAAUAUUACCUUAUGAAGUA